UAUACGUCUCGAGUCCUCACCACUACCCACGCUACUGCUACCUUAAGAAUACAUACCCAUCGACAACUCCCAUCGAACCCGCAACAUACCUACACCAUGUCUGGCCCCAGUCCCAGGGAGAGACGGAUCGGAAAGGAGUUGAUGGACAUUCGAAACGACAAGGACAACUCUGGAGUGUUUGCUCAGCCGCUCGACGAGGCCAACUUAUUGCACCUGAAGGGCUCCUUUCCCGCACCACCCGAUACACCAUACGCCGGCGGCUUGUACGAAGUCGACAUUAAGAUUCCCGACAGCUACCCCUUCAAGUCUCCCACCAUCAAGUUUAUCACCAAGAUCUGGCACCCUAAUGUCAGCAGUCAAACUGGCGCCAUCUGUCUCGACACACUCGGCAGUGGCUGGUCUCCAGUGCAGACGAUAAAGACGGCACUGCUCUCCCUCCGUAUGCUGCUCGAGUUCCCGAACCCCAAGGACCCCCAAGACGCAGAGGUGGCCAAGAUGAUGCUGGAGAACCCCGAGGGCUUUGCGAAAAAGGCACACGAGUGGGCCGUUAAGUACGCUGGUGCACCAUCAAAGGAUUUUGACACAACAAAGUACAAGCAAGUUGCUUCUGAAGUAAAGGAAGAUGACGCCAACAGGUAUGCCGGCUACAACAAGGAUCUUAUUGAUCGCUUCGUCGGUAUGGGAUUCGAGCUCGAUGCUGUCGUUGAGGCCUUCACCUUUAUUGGAAUCGACCGCAAUGGUGGCAUGGACUAUGAGCUGGAGGAGGCAUACCUUGGUGACAUCACCGCCCACCUUCUUGGUGAGCAAUGAUUCGACUACCCGACAAAAGGCCGCUCGAUGGGCGAGCGAGGUUGAGGGCUACCGGGCCAUCACCUCGUUUGAUCCGAGGGCGAUAUGAGUACAAAGUCACGAACAUGGCAAAUCAUGAGACGACGAGCAGCAUUGCAUCAAGUUUGGAGUUGGUCUACAUCUAGAGUUGGGCAUUAGUGGAAUUUUGGCUUUCGUGGCGACAGGUUCGUUGACGUUGCGGUAGGGGAAAUUCGGAGUGAUCUGGGCUCAAAUAGCUCGGGAUACUGCCUUCGAAGA